AUGACUGAAGACGAUCCCAAGAGAAAGCCAGUCACGUGGGCAUUUUAUUGUGCUAGAUCCUCGUGGGGUUGUUACGCUAUAGAAGAAGAUCACUUCAGAACAUUAAAAGAAGCGUUUACAAAUAGCGUGAGAAAUUAUGGGCCAUUCGGUCAAACAAACCGUGUUGGUUAUCCCUUGAAGGUCAAGCAUGGUGGGGUAUUUGUUGCAACAGCAAGUGCUAUAUCUAUCAUUUCAUCCAGAUUUUUCCGACCACCGAAUUCAAAAGACAAUUGGUUGCCAAUGGGCCACUUAGCUGUCCUGUACGCCGCUAUCAAAGGUUGCUCACAACGCUACGGUAGGCCACCACAAGGAAGAACAAGGUUAGUGGGGGGUACAAGACCCAAUUCACAGACGAUUAUACAGGAUAACGUGCAAAAAUUUUUUUCCAACAAAAAAUGUAGCGCUAAAGACUGUGGUACAGAUGUUGCAGAAAAAUUUGCCUUAGAAUGUGGCGACUGUCUGGCGUGGUUUCACGGUGAUUGCGUUGCCAUGACAACAUCUAUAGCAGCACAGAUGGACUCAAAUGCAUUGCAAUUCAUUUGCGAUACCUGUUUGCAAGAACGAGAAGAGAUGACACCUUGUCAGACUCGAUUUGCGUCGCCGCAUUCCAAUUGGAACGUAUUGGACAAUGACUCUAACCAACAAAGUAGGGCUAUAAGUAGUAAGAAGAAACGAGAUGCUUUAAAUGAUGAGCCCAAAGCCGGUCCAAGUGUCGCAAAGUUCGCCAAAAUGUCGCCAAAAUUGCAAGAAGGAAAACAAGUAAUUGCUUCCUCGCCGAGUUCCAAUUGGAGUAUUUCUGACAAUGACUCUGGACUAGAAAAUCUGGCUGUGAGUAGUCACAAGAAAAGACAGACUUUUACCAUUGAACCAAAAAAUUCCUUUUGUUUGGAAAAGAUCAUGGAAAAGUACCAAAAUAAGCAAGACGGAAAACAACAGAUAGCGUCCUCGCCAAGUGCCAAUUGGAACAUAUCAGACAAUGACUCUGACUAUGAAAAACUGGCUAUGAGGAAGCCAAUGAAAAGACGAUCAAAAACAAAUGAGCCAACACCUGGUCCAAGUGUUCAAAAAAACUCAAAAAUGUCGCGAAUUGAAUCAGAAGAAACGCAAAAAAGUUCGUUGAAGAACAAUAAGAUGCGGCUUCACAGGAAAUAGAUGACAAUUGUGUAACACAGCUUACCAGGACUCUCAUUCAGUGUUUCAGCGAAAUUUAAAGAAAAUCUGUUCCAGAUUCAGGAGUCUGAUCUGAUGUGAAUUUUCCAAAAACAGCCGCGUUAAUUCCACUUCAAAAGACCACUACAUGCCCACCUCCUCUGUGCCUUCCUUAACAAGGCUUUUUUCAUCUCGCCAAUUAUCAGAAAGAAAGUUCAUCCAAGAAGUUCAUCCACUUGUCAUCCAGUCAACAUCCAGGAAUUCAUCCCCCUAGGUUUAACCGGGAAGUUGCUCUGCCACAAUACAAAAAAUCAGUUCCAUCUGAUAGCAGAUCCUCUUCUUCAAAUGACCAACUAAAAGUUUCCAUAUCUGUAUAUGACUUCCACAACUUAAUAAUUUUUGAUUUCGCUCAAACGCAGACAUCAUCAGAAUUGUCUUUUUUCAAGAUUGUCUUUUCAACAUCGGGCCGUCUAUCUAUCUUGCUAUUUCUACCUCGCCCCACCAUAAAGCUAAUCAAUAAAUUAUAAAUGUCAAGGAAACCGAAUGUUAUAGUGAGCUAUCUAGCACGGUUUUUUUUGUAGGUUUCCAUCUUUUUGAAGUUUUAGUCGAUCCAAAUGGGCGAAAGUAAAGUGACGGGUUAUUGAAGCAGUUGGGAUAUUUUAGCUGUGCGGUAAAGGUGUAGACGGUGACUUUUGAAAAAAGUAACAUUUGUAUGAAUAACUACGGUUUGAAAGGAGUUGGACUAGUUUUUUUUUUACUUAGGGGAGACUGGAGUAAAAUGGGAC